AUGAAGCCAGCCAAGGCCCACAGGAAGAAGCUGAGGGCUGAGCCCCCCUCCCCCACCCCCUCCCACAGACAUCACCGCAGCGCCAUGGAAACCAAGCAACAACACAGUAAUGCCAUGGAAACCAAGCAACAUCACAGUAACACUAUGGAAACCAAGCAACAGCACAGUAGCACCAUGGAUAUCAAACAGCUUCCCAGUAACGCCAUGGAUACCAAACAGCUUCCCAGUAACGCCAUGGAUACCAAACAGCUUCCCAGUAACGCCAUGGAUACCAAACAGCUUCCCAGUAACGCCAUGGAAACCAAGCUGCCUAACUGCAGCACCAUGGAAACUAAGGCACCUAAGGCCGUUGCCAUGCGGAGCGAGACUCCUCCCACCAGUGCACAGGAGACUCCGCCUCCAAGAAUCACCGGCGCAGAUGAUUGGUCCUCAGACGAGGGCCCUCCCCCUGACCAGGGCUCGGACGAGGACUCUCUGUCGGAGUACGACAACGACGAGAGCUACAUGGAGGGCAUGGACUGCCACGAGGGCACGGACGCGGGCGCGGGUAGUAGCGUGCCGCGGGGGCCGGACACAACCGCCGGCCACGCCAGCGGCACCAGCGCCAGCGGAGCGGUCAGCCCCGCCGUCCAGCAGGACCCAGAGGCGCUGGACUACACACACACACACACACACACACACACACAACCUCUGACCGAGCCCACCUUCAUCCAGGCCCCCAUGGCAGAGGACGAGGAGGACCGGCACACACACGCUGAGGGCUCCUACCGCGGGCGUGCUGACGGAGGUCAAGGGUCAAGGAGCCGCCCGUACCCGCGACCCCGAGACGCAGAGCGCAGGUCAUGGCACAUCCAAGGUCACGAGCCGAGACCAGAGGUCACCGUGGACCUGGCCGAUGAGGUCAGGAGGUCGCUCAGCAUGAGUCGGCACAUGGAGCAGUCACAUGACCCCAGGGUGACCCCUGAUAGGCCCAGAGCCCGCUCCAAUCACCCCCGGCCGGUCAGCCUGCCCCUGGUGCUGGCCGAUGACCUGGAGCGGGCGUCCGCCAACAUGCCCCCCCGCGGGCGCAACAGACAGCGCCAGUCUGCCCACUACCCUGACCACGCCGCCCCAGCGCACCUGUACUCUCAGCCCAACCCUGACCCCCCAGAACACCUGUACUCUCAGCCCAACCCUGACCACGUCCCAGAACACCUGUACUCUCAGCCCAACCCUGACCACGGCCCAGCGCACCUGUACUCUCAGCCCAACCCUGAACCCCUAGAACACCACCCCGACCCCACACACCCCAACAGAACCGACAGCAACCACAAACCACCACAGCCCGCAAAGAAGAACGCCUCCUUUCCCAGCUUUGUGGAUGUUCCAGGACCCUGUGAGCCCGAGGACCUGGUUGACGGGAUCAUUUUUGCCGCCAACUACCUCGGUUCCACCCAGCUCCUGUCCGACCGGAACCCAUCUAAAAGUGUCCGCAUGACGCAAGCGCAGGAAGCUGUGGAACAGGUCAAGAGGGCGAUCUUAGCUCAUGUUCUUGUCUUUCAGAGUUCAAGUGAAGAAAAUCACAGCCUGAUUGAAGUGGAUCUCUUCAUCUCCACCAAGGCCAUCAAAGUGUUAAACGCAGACACGCAGGAGACGAUCAUGGACAACGCGCUGCGCACCAUCUCGUACAUCGCGGACAUCGGGAGCGUGGUGGUGCUGAUGGCACGGCGGCGCAUGUCCCACUCGGCCUCGCUGGACUGCACUGACCCCGCGGCCGGGCCGGCCGACAGCAGGAAGCAGUACCGCAUGGUCUGCUACGUCUUCGAGUCCGAGGACGCCCAGCUGAUAGCCCAGUCGAUUGGUCAGGCGUUCAGCAUGGCGUAUCAGGAGUUCCUGCGCUCCAAUGGGAUCAACCCAAAGGACCUGAGUCAGAAGGAGUACAGCGACAUCAUCAACACCCAGGAGAUGUACAACGAUGACCUCAUCCACUUCUCCAACUCAGACAACUGCAAAGAGCUGCGUAUAGAGAAGCAGAAGGGGGAGAUGUUGGGGGUGGUGAUCGUGGAGUCGGGCUGGGGUUCCAUCCUGCCCACGGUCAUCGUGGCGUGCGUGCUCAACUCGGGCGCGGCCGCCCGCUCGGGACGACUCAGCGUGGGCGACCAGAUCAUGGCCGUCAACGACACCAGCCUGGUGGGGCUGCCCCUCGCCACCUGCCAGAGCAUCAUCAAGGGUCUGAAGCAUCAGGUGCAGGUGAAGCUGAGUGUGGUGAGCUGCCCUCCGGUCACUACAGUCCUCAUCAAGCGGCCCGACCUCCAGUACCAGCUGGGAUUCAGCGUCCAGAACGGCAUAAUCUGCAGUCUGAUGCGGGGGGGCAUUGCGGAGCGGGGGGGAGUGCGAGUGGGACACCGCAUCAUCGAGAUCAACGGCCAGAGUGUGGUGGCCAUGGCCCACGAGAAGAUAGUGCACGCCCUGUCUGUGUCUGUUGGAGAGAUUAAUAUGAAGACCAUGCCUGCGGUCAUGUUCCGCCUGCUCACUGGACAGGAGACGCCCGUCUACAUCUGACCCAUGACAACGCUGCGCUGGGAUUGGACCACUGAUAGCCCCUCCCACCUCUUGCCAUGACAACGCUGCGCUGGGAUUGGACCACUGAUAGCCCCUCCCACCUCUCGCCAUGACAACGCUGCGCUGGGAUUAGACCACUGAGAGCCCCUCCCACCCCUUGCCAUGCUCCUAUCACGGCUCUUCUUACUGAACAAUGGUGUGGACCCUCCUCUCAUCGGCGUCUGUGAUUGGCCCUCCCCUCACUGGGGUCUGUGAUUGGCCAGGAUGUGCUAGUACCAGGACAGGUGUUGUCAGCGCCCAGUCAGUAGUUUGA